UUUGAUUAUACCCAAAAGCUCUGCACCCCUUUCACUCACACAAACACGACGAAGAUGGCUAGCGGGAGUUUGAAGAAGAUGGUAAGUGCUGCAAUCAAUCAAGGAGUGGUAGAAGCACGAGCCAUGAUCUUCGGCCAUCAAUUGAACCCCACUGGUAAGAAAUCCCCUCACAAGCUUCUUCGCAUGAAGCUCUUCGGUGACAAAGUGGCUGAGUGGUACCCUCAUGACAUCAACAAAGAUGACCCUCUUGUUAUGGCGCGUCAAGAACAAGAACGCCUAUCGAAGCUUGAAAUGUUGAAGCGGCGAGGAAAAGGACCACCCAAGAAGGGCCAAGGAAGGCGUGCUGCCAAACGCAACAAAUAAGUAAUACUUUCUUAUGUUUAGAGAGUUAAAGACAAGUGGUUGUUUAUGUGA